UACAUGGGGAAGGACAGGCAGCCCAGAGGAGGAGGAGAAGGAGGCACUGCCCAAUAAAGAGUGCUGUACACCCUGUGGAGGGAAACACUCGGUGUGUAAGAAGUCGCCGCGCUGCUGAACACACUCUCGCUUGUUUUGUUUGUGUGGUUUUUUCCCCCUUCCGACAUUAUUUGAGAAACUAAUCGGGAAUGGCUACGUCUCCGUGUGGCGGCGGCGGUGGCAACUUUGACUGCGGACUCGAGAUCAAAACUCGGUCUGUGGAGCAGACCCUCAUCCCUCUGGUGUCUCAGAUAACCACCCUGAUUAAUCACAAGGACAAGCUGAAGAAAAACGAGAAGACCUCGCGGGCUAUCCAGAGGGUCGGCCAGGCGGUCAGCGCCGCCGUGAGUCGCUUCGUUGCCGUCGGAGAGGCCAUUGCACUGGAGAACGAGGAAUUAAAGGAAGAAAUGGGUCACGCCUGCUUUGAGGCCAGGCGAGCAGGAACAGCUAUAGCGCAGCUGACAGACACGUGUAGCGCCGAGCCAGGCGAGGCCGAUGGUCGCAGCAGCGUGUUCAGUGAUAGGAUGGGCAUGGUGAAGGCUGCUCGCAUGCUCCUCUCCUCCGUCACCAAAGUGCUGGUUCUCGCAGAUCGCAUCGUCAUCAAACAGAUCGUCAGUUCCCGCAACAAAGUGCUGGUGACACUGGAACAGUUGGAGCGAGUCAGCACAUUUCAGGAGUUUGUGCAGAUCUUCAGUCAGUUUGGCAACGAGAUGGUGGAAUUUGCACAUCUUACAGGGGACAGGCAGAAUGAUCUGAAGGAUGAGAAGCAGAAGGCACGUAUGGCCGCAGCCCGUGCUGUUUUGGAGAAAUGCACCAUGAUGCUUCUUACUGCUUCUAAGACGUGUCUGAGACACCCAGACUGCGAGUCUGCUCGGAUCAACAAGAACGCCGUGUUCCAGCGCAUGCGUCUGGCUCUGGAGCAGGUUAUCGAGAUUGUGACAGAUGCCAGGAGCAGCGCAGAGGCCAAAGCACUGCCCAUCAGCAUCUAUGCUGGAAUUAAAGACAUUAAGAAUAAGGUGGAGGGAUUGAGGGAGUCUCUGUACCAUGUGCCGUGUGAGAGUGUAGCAGCACAGCUGGAGGCUCUGGUAGAACAGACCGAAGACUUCACCGAUUCAGCGUACACUAGCCAUGAGCAGCGUGAGAGCAUCCUGCAGCUCUGCCACAAAACACGGCAGGAAACCAAGCAGCUCAUCUUCGCCUGGAGCGAGGCACAGUCAUUCAACGCCAAAGACGUGACAGAAGAAGUGGAGUUGGCUAUUCUGAAGACCUGUCAGAGUCUCGGCGAGCUCAGACGUGAGCUCCACAAGGUAGCAGUGGGGCGAGCCAGCGAGCUGUUAAAGCUGCACUCCGAUCACGCCGUGCUCCAGGCUCUGAAGGCCACCGGAGGCGAGGGAAACGUCGAGGCGGUGGCCGAGUACGCCCGUACGCUUACCGAGCACAGGGAGCAGCUGGUGGAGACCUGUCGACUGCUGUGCCACAUCUCGGGCACGGAGCCACUGGAGAUCACGUGCAUCCACGCCGAGGAGACUUUCCAUGUCAUCGGUCCGCAGAUCAUCUCAGCAGCUCAGACACUGGCUCUGCACCCCAACAGUAAGAUAGCCAAAGAAAACCUGGACGUGUUCUGUGAGGCCUGGGAGUCACAGCUGUGCGACAUGGGAAUCCUGCUUAAAGAGAUCAGUGACGUGUUCGAAGGUCGCAGAGGUGAUAAAAGAACAUAUCUGUCAUUACCUCGGCCAGGGAAGCACUCGGUUAAUAUGAAGACUCAGAAGACAUGCAAGCUGGACACAGAGGCCCCAAUGUAUUGUGCCGGUCACGAUCAGACCGCCAUCACAAAGGUGGGGCAGGACCUCCGACUUCUUACCUCUGAUGUGGAUUCUGAGCUGGAGCGCUGGGAGAAUCAGGAGCAUGAGGUGGUCCGACACUGUCAGAGCAUGUCCAGCAUGGCGUACUCUAUUUACCUCUUUACCAGGGGGGAAGGCUUGUUGAAGACCACACUGGACCUUUUCCACCAAGCUGAGGUUCUGUCAGAGUUGGGUCUGCAGCUGUACUCCUUCCUGCAGUCCUUUUCCUUACAGCUGGUAGAUGAGGAGAAAGCGCUUCUGACGACUGAGACGGAGAAACUGACAGCUUUUUGUCAGCAGCUACAAAUAUGUGCCAAGUCUGCUGUCCAAGGCAAGAGUGCCACGUUCCAGAAGGUGGAAUCGACUAUACACAACACCAAAGGCGUGAUGACAACGGUGAUGUCUCUCCUUCCGCUUUGUAAUAAACUCCUCAGAAAGUGUAAAUCCGAGAGCAGCAGACUGGAUUCCCCUCAGGCCUGGAGAGAGAGGCAGCACACUCCGGUUAAAGAAGACGCACUGAAUGGCAAAAGCUCCAACGGCUUCAGGGUCAAACCCCUGGAGCAGCACAUGGCCAAUCUCACCUUCCUAGAGAGCAAGUAGCUCAGAGCCCUUCCAGCCCUGAUGAAGGCUAAUGAAACCUGGAGUAUUAUUCUACACACACUUGCUUUGAGUCAUGUUUUGUAUUGUGCAGUGGCUCCUGGCAUUCCUUCUGCUCUAACUCACACACUAAAAGGUCCAAAAGUCUCUUUCCCAAAGAACUGUUUUUAUUUCGGAAUUGUAUUUCUAUUUUAUACGAGGGUUCUCGUCGCUAAGUAUGAUUUAUUAAACAAAAGAAAAAGAUUUCGCACCAAUAUUACAUGCUUUAGAGAGGAUAAAAUGUAGAAGAAGGCAUCAAUACAUUGUGUGGUAGAGUGAUGUUAUUAUGGAUAGGAGAGUUCAUUUAUUAUGAAUGUUUUAUUAUUUUUUUUCAGUUGAAAAACUGCCACAUUAAUAAAGAAUUGAGGUACUGUCAUGCAGACGGAGGUUCCGUGAAGUGAGGAAUCCACAUUGGCUGUGAACGCAGCUCAGAUUGUAAAUUCAUAGGAAUCAUAAUCGUGCUAAUUAAUUAAAAACAUUUUUAUUAUUUUUUUACAUUUCUAGCAGGCGCCCUUAUCCAGAGCGACUUGAGGGUUAAGGGCCUUGCUUAAGAGCUCAACGGCGGCAACAUUGUGAUGCUGGGAUUUGAAUCUAUGACCAUCUGAUCAGUAGUCCAACACCUUAAGCACUGAGCUAUUCAGUGAAGGGGAAUUUUUGUUUUCUUUAAUGAUGCAUCUACAUUCAGUUUUUUUAAAUGAAUGUAGACUACCACUUAAAAGUUUGGGAUCACUGCAAUAGUAAAGAUUUAAAAACUAUAAAAUAAAACAUAUGGAAUUAGAAAAUUAUGUACUGUAACAACAACAGUCAGUAGCUUAAGACAUGGAAGUCAGUCCAGGGUGUACCCCGCCUUGUGCUCUAAUAGGCUCAUAAGUGAUCCUGUAUACAGAAUUAAGCCGUAUAGACAAUAAGUGACCCUGGAAUUAGGAAGUGAUCGCAAACUUUAAAGCCGUAGUGUACAGUUCCCUUCUUUAACCAUUUCCAAUAUUACGAUUUGCACUAUUUCGCCUGUUAAGUGGGUCGUUCGAUAUCAGAAGUUUAUUAAUGCAAAACAUUGCUCGUGGAAACUUGAAAACACAUUCCAAUAAUAAAAAAAAAAAAAAAUGAACGUGGUAUAGAAGAUAUUAAGAUACCUUAAAUAUUUUUUUAUGUAAGAAAUUCUUAACUUUACUAAUGUUUAAAUUGAAUAAAAUGGUGUAUUGGUGUUUGAAACAUUUAUGAAAUAUAAUCAGCUCUUUUGAGACUUUUGGACUUUUGCGGCAGAGACACCAAAAACAACCCCCCCCACCCCCCUUCUCUUCACACGAAUCAGUGCAUGUUUUUCGGGUCGAUUCUGAAUCGCCCUGCUGUUUACUACUGCUGGAAAAGCUCUCGCUAAAACAGAGUUUAUAUUUUUCACAAAGUGAGAUAUAUAUCAUGUUAACAGAUUAGCUAAAAAUAUAAGAGAAGUUAGUUUAAGUGUAGGACAUUGAUGCACUGUAUUUAAUGUAUCUGCCUCAUCCACACAUCGACGCCAAAUAUGUCCAGUUUCAGUCGUCUCUCAGGCCGUCAGCACCGGGGUGCGAGGCAGCGUGUUUUCAACGUGCCGAAAAUUACUGUGUUCCCAAAAAGCAGUGCUGAAGAAUGUCACUUUAGUAAAAAAAAAAAAAAAGACCUUCAUGGUAUUAAAAGCAAGUUUUGUUUGUGUAUUUGUAGUAACGGUAACUGCCUCCUCAUUUGGACUGUCCUGUAGGUCACUGUGAUAUUGUACUGUUACUUGAAACAUGAAGCGUGCCCUGUUCCGGUACAGCAACUCCAAGCGGUCAGGAUGAAGACUUUCUAUAAAUCAAAACUGCUGUAUUCCUAGGAGCGACCGGUCCAUACGUCAUGAUCUCGCGUUUGCUUUCUGCCUCACGUCUCACGGUUGGAAGCCGAGCGAAGUGUCCAUAAAAAAAAAGUGUCGGGUCAUGUGCGCGAGCUUUCAGAACACGCUUGUAAUUGUCGUUCCAUUUACCAUUGCAGUCGAAACUGUAAACAGUAGUGAUGACUGAAGAACUCUGAACUUGGUUGAAAGUAGUUUUCGACCAUGUGGAUCCUUUUGACAGUUCAAUGAUUGUUAAACAAAGAAAGCCUAAAUAUACAUUAUUUUUCUUAUGAUGUGGACAGUGUCAUUUAUUUGUGCAUUUACAAAUUUGUGUGUUUG